UGAAAUUCUCUUAAAAGAUCAUGGAUAUCAAAUCCUACUAAGCAAUUAUAAAGAGGAAAUUAAAUUGUUCACCUUUGUAAUACCAUUUUUUAAGAUUAUUAAAAGUUGGAAGAUUAUAGUUGAUGCAACGUACAAGACAAAUAUUCUUGGAUAUGAACUUUAUACUAUUAUUGGGCAAUAUGAUGGAGCAGGUUUUGCAUUAGCUUAUCUAUUUGUAGAAGGCAAAAAUAAAGCUGAUGAGGCACAUACUGAAAUUUUAGCUUUAUUUUUUAAAGCAUUAUAUGAAUAA